AUGUCUCUAAUCCAACCCGGCUUCGCCAUCCGCCGCAACGGCUCAUGCCCCGCCGGCCUCGAAGUCGACUGCGGCGGAACUGAACCACCAUUCCACGCAUGCUGCCCAUCCUCGUUCACCUGCCCCGGUCCUCAAUACAAUGUAGUAUGCUGUCCUUCAGACGCGAUUGAUUGUAACCACACGACGUUGACGAACGUGCCGCAGCCGACCUGCGCCAAUUCGACAUGGGACAUGUUCGACAACAACGGGUUGUUUUGCUAUGGGUGUGGGAUUCCCGAUGUGUCGCUUAGUGUGAGUGUAAGCAUGUUGAGUACGGUCGCGGUGGGCCUUGAACGAUCCUCCACGUCUAUUGCCCUAUCAAGCCUAUCCUCCGCGUCUGCGAGUCCCUCGACAGUGCCUACACCAAGCCCCUCUCCGCUAGCACAAUAUUCUCCUUCGACUUCGGUCGGCGCAAUCGCUGGGGCUGUCAUAGGAAGCAUCGCGGCUCUUCUACUUGUCAUGAUUCUUACGUGGUACCUGAUGCGCCUAAGACGUCGUCAAGGGGUCACAGGAUUUAGCGGCGAGACUCGGGACCGACCAGAACAGAGUGGAAAGGACAUAUAUCGGGUGGAAGCAGGAGGCCAGGAUAUACAUGAGGCGAAUGAGCACGGCUCGAAGCCAGAUGUGGAGCUACCUGCCAUGCCUCAUCCAGUGGAAUUGGAUGGCACAGGUGGUUUUAGGCGCGACGGUAUUUAG